CUUCAUUGCUAUCUCACCACUCUCUCUCUCUCUCUAUAAAAAGAAGGAAGAAGAGGAAAAAGCAGAGAGAGAAGCUUAAUUUAAUAAGCACAGCAUCAAAUGGGUAUGACAAAAUCCAAUAAGCUGUCCCAAAAGGCGGUGAUCAAGCAGAUUAUGAAGCGGUGCUCGAGCUUAGGGAAGAAACAGGGGGGGUACGAGAACGACGAAGGGCUGCCAUUGGACGUGCCCAAGGGGCAUUUCGUGGUGUACGUAGGUGAGAACCGCAGCAGAUACAUUCUCCCCAUCUCAAUCUUGACCCGACCCGAGUUCCAGACCCUGCUCCGCCGGGCCGAGGAGGAGUUCGGCUUCGAUCAUGACAUGGGCCUCACCAUUCCUUGUGAACAACACGUUUUCGAGUCUCUAACGUCUAUGCUUAGGUAGGAAUGAUCAUCAAAUUUUUUUUUUUUUAAAAAAAAUUACUGCUGGAGGCUGCUGUAAUUUUAUAUUUUUACCAUCCCUUGUGGGAUUUUUCUUUUCUU